AUGAGCAGCCUGGCAAUGCCACAGGAUAAGAAGAGGGAGUACGCCAGAAAGGCAACUCAAAAACGAGUGGGGAGCACAUCCAGGAAGCCUCCCCCAGUGGAAGAGCACCUCGAGAAAUUCGAGGUCGCAAAGGAAAUUGACAGCGAUACCCGGACCUUCCUGAAGAAUGCGAUGAAGCAGGAUCGGUUGUGUGCCACGCUGGAUGACGCAGAGAUCGAGUCCAUUCUGAACACUGUGAAGUUUUUCAAGUUCGACAAGGGCACGCCCAUUAUCCAGGAGGGCCGUCUUGGAACAACGUUCUUUGUGACGCAGACAGGAUCGAUGGAAGUAAGCGUGAAGGGCAUCACCUGCAACACCAUCGGUGCAGGCUGUGCCUUCGGUGGCCUGGCCCUGCUGUACAACUGUCCCAGGACGGCGACCGUCAAGGCCACAGCGGAUAGCGAGGCCGAAACCCUCAAGUUUUUGGAUUCCAUGAGCAUCUUCGAGGGCCUCACCAAGAAGCAGAAGACCUGCGUGGCAGAGGCGACCUUCUCAGAAGUCUUCGAAGACAAGGCGGCGAACGAAGCCCCACAUCCUGACAUCCCUGACCCUGCCACAGAUGAGCAGUGCUUGCUGGCUCGGCCGACAAGAGCGGACACUCUGGAAGAGGAACUGGAAGAGGAGGAAGAUCUUCACUACCAAGGUGGGGCCAGCUCAGACUACAUGAAGAGGUGGGAAGGUAAGUGGGAGAAGCAGGAGCCACUGCAUCGGCUUUCUCACUUCGUUGCUUUGGCAGUCAGAGCGGCACGAGACCCCUCCAGAGUGAAACUUAUCCCCACUCUUCUCUCUCACUUCUGGUCCUGGCGCUCCGGUGACCCAAAGGAGGGUCUGGUUGCAACAACCCUUCAGUGGACCCAACGCAACGUCCCAAGUGGUGGCGUCGCUAUAGAUAUCAGUUCGCGUAUGACCGCAGUGAAAACCUGGCUGGAGAAGUAUUUAGACUAUGAAGCCCCCUUCUACAAGAUCAAAGAGGCCAGAGCUGAGGCCGAGACGGCUCUGCGAGACAUCAAGGAACGCCCGAAGAUUUCGGAAAGGGCUCUAAGCAUUGCGAACUACCUCUUGGCCGCGACAAGUCUCAUGGUGAUGUGGAGAGAGGAAUACAACCUUCUUGAAACCAAGUCAGUGCGUGUCAACAUGGAAGGCGCCUAUGAAGAGAUCAGAGAAACUCUGAAGGACCUUGUAGACGUCUUCUGGAUUUACCGAUGGGGCUUUAUCCGGAUGCGUGAGGACCCGUCCGAUAACACCUAUGACGGCUUCAUGUGGUUCGACGAUUUCCUCAAGGUGAAGCGGAAGUGCAGCGUUGACCGGAAGUACUUUUCCGAGUUCCAGGAUGUGGUCACACAGGUCCUCAAGCGGGAGAUCUUCGUGCUCGAGCUGGCGCCCAUGCUCAAGAGCUUCACGACGCUGCACCGGCUCAUCCCGGGCCGUGAGGAGGAGCCCCCAGAGUCCGAGCCCUUUUUCCCCGAGAAGAUCUAUUUGGGCCCCUACUCCGGCUUCAUGAUGGGCACCGAGGCUUGGAUGUUGCACCAAGAGGAUGUGGACCGGUUCCUCUACCCCAGCGAGACCGAAACCUCUGGCGGCUCCAUUUGGAAGGCCGGGGGCCGCACGGGC